CUGUGCCGUCCGUUUCGCCCCUUCUCUCCUUCCGGGUGCUGGAAUCAUGGUCCUUCCGCACAACCUCUGCUCACAUAUCCAAAACUCCUUCCGUGCGCGGCACCAGCACAUCGCUGUCCCCCACAGCACACAAAAUCUUGCCAUCCUCUCCAUUCUCCUCCGCGCCGGCUUCAUCUCCAAUGUUACGCGAGGCACAAUAGAGACACCCUCCCCGGAAAGCUUCCACGAAGUCAACGACUCGCAAAAGCGUAUAUGGGCGGACCUCAAGUACCGCGAUGACCGCCCGGUCCUUGCUGACAUGGAGCUCAUCAGCCGGCCUAGCAAGCCUAUCUUCAUGGACCUUGGGGAGAUUCGGAGACUGUGCACGGGCCGGCGUGUGCAGAACGUCAAGCCGCUGCGUAUGGGCGAGAUUGCCAUCGUCAAGACGAAGGACCGGGAGAACGAGUGGUUGGAGGCGCGGGAGGCCAUGCAGCUGAGGCUACCGGGAGAGGUCAUCUGUCGGGCGCGGUGAUUUACACCGCCUGGGUCACAUCUUAAUACGUAUAUAGUCUUGCUCCUUAGGUAGAAACGGAGCAUAAUUCGUUCUGCAAG